AUGGUGACGAAGACGAGACAAUGGGUUCCGAAAACCUAAAUGAAGACGAUGAAAUAUGUGAACAUGACCCUCAGAUGCAAACAUUGAGAGAGCUCGCGCAGAAAUCAAGGGGAAAAGCAAAGAUGGCACCACCAAAAACUACUGCACAAAAUAUAGAGAAUCUAAAUGGUCAACAGCAAGCAAAUGGGGAAAUGUCAGAGAAUGGAAAGAAAUCAAGAAAACGGAACUACCAAGAUAGUGGUAAAAAUGAGAGUCCAGAAACCUUAGAAUGCAAAAUAUUGGCAGAAUUCAAAGUUGGAAAAUGCGGUCCUAGGCUUCAAUGA